GCCACCCUCACGAUUAAAUGCCCUCUUUCCACUACUCUCCCAGCUCUCUCCUCUCCUCUCCGUAGACUGUACGCGCACCCUCCCCUCUCUCUCUCUCUCUCUCUCUCCGGCUGCAAGCGAUCUGCGUUUGUUCGCGGAAAUCUAGUGGCUUCGUCAGAGAAAGCUUCGUUUUCCAGCUCAAUCUGCCUGCUUCUUGAUUGUUGUCUCUGCGAUCUUCUCCGGAACCCUAGAAGUUUAAGCUUAAUUUCUGGUCAUUUGGGAUUGAGGAAGUAGAUCAUCAUGCCGUGGACGCCUUCUUUCCUGAACUAUAACAGGAAGUGUGUUUGCUUGGUGGUGUUCUUUCGUGUCAUACUGUAAUUUGAAUUGUUUUUGGUUAAAUCACAUUUAUCUUUUGAAGGAAUUUUCUGACUUCAUUUGUUAUCUAAUACUGGUUGGAGGAGUGAGAAUGUACAUUGUGGUUACCCUGAAAAGAUAUAGAGCACUGAAGGACGUUGGAAAGAUUAAAAUGAGUGUUGGGAUCAUUGCACAUUACCAACUGAUGCAAGUUUGCCAGGCUUUAUUCCCUUUUGCAAAUCAAGUGGGCAUUAAUUAUUUGCACAAUGCACCUCCUGCAUCUGCCUUCAGCGUGGUUUUACCUCCCAGUGCAAAGCUAUCAAGGCCCUUCCAUGGUGUUGAAUUUCAACCCACUGAGGAUUGCCCAAAGAAUUUCAUUAUAUUUGAUCAGACUGAUGACCGGAACCAGAUUAUGUUUCAUCCUGCUAUUGGCCACAAACUCAGUUGUCCUGGCCUAAAUAUCCAUGCUGCUUGCAUCCAAAACAAUUUUGAGAGGAACAAUGCAAAUAUUGAGGAAAGAGAAGUCUCCUCUCCUCUGAAGGAGGAUUCAGAUGACAUUGAUGCAUUGUUGAGCUUGGAAGAGGAAGAAGAAGAAGAAGAAGAAGAAGAAGAAUAUGAUGAUGAAGAAAUCAGCACUGCUCGAACUCAUGGUGACUAUGGACGCAGGUCCCCCGAUUCUUACUCCACCGGUAGCUCAAAGCCUAGAAAGAACAGGUUACCUUCAUCUGUUCUGAAAUCCUCUGGCAAUGGCAGUAGCAGUAGCUGGAACAGCGAAAGGAAGCGACAGAAAAUGAAGAAGAUGGUGAAGACCCUGCGAGGAAUUGUACCUGGCGGCAACAGCAUGAAUUCUGUUGCUGUUCUAGAUGAAGCGGUUAGGUACCUCAAGUCUCUCAAGGUAGAGGUACAGAAGCUUGGAGUAGGGAAUUUGCAGUACCAAGCUUGAAUCUGGGCUGCGGUAACGAAUGUUGGAACUCUUUAAUUUUAUCAGGUGAUAUCAGCUCUCUCUGUGUUUCUCUCUCUGGAGUAGGGCAAUGCUUGAUGGCAGGUAUUCAGUAGAAAUGGUGGUUCAGGGGAACUCCAUUGUUCCUUGUGGAAGGAAGAUUGGUGAUGGGCUUAAAAAUGUGUAGCAUGCGGACUUUGACAUUCAUGUGCUCCUGUGUGGUCGCCUUUUGUGCGUUGUGGUUACUAUUAUGAAACCUAAUAAAAUAAUGUACCCUGUUUUUUGAGUGUC